AUGUCAAAGUGGGCAGAAAGCAAAUAUGAAGGGGAGUAACUAGAAGGUUGGUUUCAUGGAAAAGGGAAAUAUUAUUUUAGUAAUGGUGUUAUUUACGAGGGUGAUUUUUUUAAGGGUGAAUUUCAUGGAGAUGGUACUUUGAUAUUUCCUAAUGGGGUAUUUUAAGAAUUUAUAGAAAUAUAAGGGUUAAUACAAAGCUAAAUGGGAAAGAGGAAAAAUGCUUGAUGGAACUUAUUUUUUUGAAGAUCAUUUGAAAUAUGAACCUAUGGAUUGGAAAUAUUGUAUUGGAGAUGAUAGACGAUUUCAUUAAGAAAUUAAAUAGAGUAUCAAACCAGCAGGAAUUACUUAAAUGACUAAGGAUGAUAUAUUGAUUGAAAUUCCUGAAGGCACUUAUGGUAUAAGUUUUUGAAAUUGAAUUUCAGAUGUUGGUGAAGGUUAUUAUGAACCUGUAAAAUCUAUUAUUUACAGAUAUGAUGGAUCUAUAUUAAGAACACCAAGUGAACCUGAAGUGGAAAACAUUUUAAAGAAAUGUAGAUAUAAUCCUAAGAAAGACUUUAUCAUUGAUGGUAAAGAUGAUAAAGUUAUUCAGAAAAUGACUUAGAAGUCUUAGUGA